CCAAUUGUCUAUGAAAUACAUUGGAGUAAAAUUGAUAAACUUAUAUGGUUGAGGUUUUUAGUUUUUGUAUAAUAGUUUUUAGAAAAGAAAUUGUUAAGUGUUACCGCUACAGUGCGAAUCAUUUCGACACGUCCGAUUGUUAACGAGGAACUUCCACGUAUUAAAAAUGGGUAUACCGAAGUUUUUUCGAUAUAUAAGCGAAAGAUACCCCUGUCUCACUGAAAAGUUAAAGGAUUAUCAGAUACCCGAAUUUGAUAAUUUGUAUUUGGACGUGAAUGGUAUUAUACACGAGUGUUCACAUCCAGAUGACACGGAUGUUACAUUCCGCAUUUCAGAGGAGACUAUAUUCAAAAAUAUAUUUCGCUACAUCGAGGUAUUGUUUCGCAUGAUCCAGCCGCAGAAGUUAUUUUUUAUAGCGAUUGACGGUGUAGCACCGCGGGCAAAGAUCAAUCAGCAAAGGAGCAGACGCUUCAAGUCAGCAAAAGAUGCUGAGGUACAGGAAGCCAAAGCGAAACUCAAGGGGAUAGACAUACCCAAAGAAAAGAGAUUUGAUUCUAACUGCAUAACGCCGGGUACACUUUUCAUGUCGAAGCUUGACGAGCAAUUGAAGUAUUUUAUUACGUAUAAAAUAUCAACUGACAAACUUUGGCAGAAGUGUAACGUUAUAUUCAGCGGGUCUCAAGUUCCUGGCGAGGGAGAACACAAAAUAAUGGACUACAUACGUUACAUGAAAACACAACCAAGUUACGAUGUAAAUACAAAACACUGUUUAUACGGUUUAGACGCAGACUUAAUAAUGUUAGGUUUAUGUACCCAUGAAAUACAUUUUACACUGUUAAGAGAAGAAUUGACAUUUGGCAAGAAACAAAGGAAAGUCUGUUUAACUCCUGAGGAGACGAAGUUUUGUCUGUUUCAUUUGUCUCUGUUGAGAGAGUAUAUAAAUCAUGAGUUUUCAUCGUUAAAAGAAAAAUUGCCUUUCCCGUAUGAUCUGGAAAAGAUAAUCGACGACUGGAUUUUAAUGGGAUUUCUUAUAGGAAACGAUUUUAUACCGCAUCUGCCAAAUUUACAUAUUGUACAUGGCGCAUUGUCAGUAUUGUAUCAUGUAUAUAUGGAUGUAAUGCCUACAUUAGAUGGUUACAUUAACGAAUCGGGAACGUUACGAUUAGAUAGAUUCGAGAAAUUUAUGGAGAGACUUAGCCGUUUCGACGUGCUACAAUUUUCUGAGUAUUAUGCAGAUUUGAAGUAUCUUGAGAGUAAAACAGGGAGACCUCUCAUCGAGACUGAAAAGAAUGACAAAAGAUCAGGAACUAGUGAAGAGACUCGUUCUCCAAGGAAAACGCAAGAUAAAGAUUGCUUUCGAUUCGAUGCUUUACUUAGAUCUGCCGCGGAUAUGUCGUUAGGGAAGUAUGAUGAUGAUGAAUUUGCUGAUGAUAAGUCAGAUUGUGAAAUGUACACUAUGGAAUUUGUUCAGUGCAAGAAGGAUUACUAUAUAAAUAAACUAAAAUAUGAAAAUAUAGACGAAGAUUUUUUACGUUCACAAGCCGAGGGCUACGUUAGAGCAAUCCAGUGGAAUUUAAAUUAUUACUACAACGGAUGUUGUAGUUGGUCGUGGUAUUAUCCACAUCAUUAUGCACCUUAUAUUUCGGAUAUAAAAGAUUUUAAAGACUUGAAGUUGGAAUUUGAUUUAGGGGAGCCGUUUUUACCAUUCGAACAAUUAUUGGCUGUGUUGCCGACUUACAGCAAAGAUUUGUUACCGCCCGCGUUCCAAACGUUGUUAACCGAGGAACAAUCGCCAAUAAUUAAUUACUAUCCAUCGGAUUUUGAAACAGAUUUAAAUGGCAAGAAGCAAGAAUGGGAAGCCGUAGUACUUAUUCCAUUCAUAAAUGAGAAAGACUUGUUGAACGCAAUGGCGCCUCAUUAUCAGAAAUUAACUGUGGAAGAACGGGCAAGAAACAGACAUGGUCCAAUGUGCCUGUUCACUUACACAGAAGAAAAUUUAGGUGUUUACAAAGCUCCUGAAUACUUUCCUGAUACCAUGAGUUACGCGAAAGUACAAUUAAUUAAUCGCGAGGAUAUUGCUGUCUCCCGGGAAAAGUUAAUUCGAGGCUUAUGUCCCGGUGUAAGACCAGAUGUAUAUUAUCCUGGUUUUUCUACUCUGCAAUACAUAGAACAUACUGCCAGUUUAGAAAAAGCCAAAGUGAAAGUAUUCCAGAGACAAUCGCAACAAGAAAGUAUGAUUCUUCAUAUAAAACCGCACCCCAGUACCGAUUUAACAACCAUGGGCUCGAAAUUAUUAGGUAAAUCAGUAUAUGUGAAUUGGCCUCACUUAAAGGAAGGCUUGGUAAUAGGGGUUUCCGAACCGAGCUCGAAGAUGAAUUUAGUCGAUUCUCAAAUAAAAUGGAUGUACGAGAGUAUCAACGAAAUGGAGUGGCAUGUGUUGAAGAAACGUAUAACAGAAACAUAUAAAGAUUAUCUCGGAGUGGAUAUCGGAGAAACGAAGUUUUUAGUUCAUGUACGGCUACUGCUAGGCAAAAAAUAUAUUUUCCCCUCCAAGGGAAAGGUGCAUGUUGAGAAACACUGGAACGAAACGCCGACUUGUUACGCGUAUCAGACUAUAGUGAAAGAUAUCGCGACUCAUUCUAAUAACGGACAGUUGUACACGACUGUCAAGGAUAUCUUUGAACCAGGAACUAUAUGCUUUAUGUUGGGACAUCCAUAUUACGGAGCAAUGGGAAAUAUACGCAAAUCCGCGGUCUGCAAAAAAUCAGGCAGGGUAAAAGUAUCUGUAACAACGAUGCAAGAGCCGUCGUUAGAAGAGAUCAAACACAUUCAGGCGGAUUAUCAGACCCAGUAUAUGCAUGGGAGUAUAGCCUCGCAGAGAUUGGGUAUAAGUUCUUUACUUUUAAGCAGAAUCACCGGCACGAUUUUUGUGAAACAGUCUUCAAACGGUCUACAGCAAGACGAAAGUACGCAUAAUAUCGGAUUUAAUUUAAAAUUCAACAAGAAAAAUGAGGAGAUACCUGGUUAUACUCGGAAAGGGGAAGACGGUCAAUGGUUCUACAGUCCCAAGGCUCUCGACUUAAUUCGUAGAUAUAUGUUGAGAUGUCCCAUUUUAUUUGAGAAAUUAGCUCAAAAUCCAACCGCGUGUAUUUUUCAAGAAGAAGAUCUAUUUACAAAGGGUUCUGAAGAAUUGAAUGAUACAUUGGCAUGGUUGAAAGAACAACUUCAUGGAAUAGAGAGUCGUGCUUGUGGCAGAGAAACCAUCGAAAAUAAUGUAGUAAAGAAACUCGAAGAAGUGGUGGACGCGUACCUCAAGUCACCAAAUAACGUUGGAAAAAUCGUGGAUCUGCAAGUGCAACCAUAUUUACUUUAUACGCCUAUUCUACGUAUAAGCAAUCUCGCACCUGAUCCAAAAGCACAGACGCAGUUGCUAGACAGAAUUUGCUGCAUUAAAGAUAAUUUCACGGUGCCCCUUGGAAGCAAGGGAACUAUAAUAGGAAUUCAAAAAAUGGAAAAUGCGUCAGACACUAUGUAUGACGUUUUAUUCGACAAACCGAUCAUAGGUGGAUUUAGUAUAAAUGGAUCCUCUGAAUUCCGUGCAUAUCGUCUGUCAGCCCUUGAUUUUAUAAAUAUAAGUUACGGACAAAGAAUAGAGCAAAGUAAAGGAACGCAAAUGAAUACGGAAUCUACAGAACAGUGGAAGAAUUUCGUGGCUGCCACUCAGGAAACUCCGUCGUGUACAAACACCAAUACGGUUACAUCGUAUAGAAACGAGAAUCAUUUGCCAGUGGAGGCACCAAUGUCGUCAAAGUCGUGGAUCAUCCAAAAAAGUACAGAAGAAAUACCGAAGAAUCAGCUGUGUCAUAAAUUCAAGCAGUACAACGCGCACAACGCGCAGAAUUCCAUGAACGUUCGGAUAUCGCAUAAACCAGUGGCAAAGAGUGUGCAGCUUCCUCAAAACGCGCAGAAGAAACCUUCAACAAAACCGGCAUCCGAAUUCCAGGCGAUAUGGAAUGAAUUACACAAAAAACAGGAGCUAAACAAAGCUGCGCCGAACGUUCUAAAGGAAACCGAGAAUUCGCCACAAGAUCCUAGUGCUUUUUUGAAGGCGGUGUUAAAAAUUUCUGAUGACAACGCUCAAGAGUCUGUCCAAUCUGGAAUAUCUAAAACACAUAAACGUUCAAAUAAUACACAAAAGGAAGACAAGGCGUUGGACACGCCAUCUUUAGUGCAAAAAAUGUUCGAUCAUGCUCGACAGAACGACAAAACGCCAAAUUGGUAUUGCUCGCAAUUAUUGAAUUACUUUCAACUCAGUGGGGUUGGAAUGCCUCGAUAUAGCUAUUUUGGUGUUGGAGAAAAUAAUUUGAUUCAAGCACAUAUUCUAUUACCAGACAAAAGGAUAUUUGUCGGAGAUCCUUGUAUAAAUCAUGAACAAGCAGCAGGAAGUGCUGCGAAGAAAGUUUAUACAGAACUAAAAUUAGCUAACUUACUGCCAAAUAUGAAGAUAUUUUUACCACCUCCUCAACAUUGGUACUCUAAUCCUCAGAAUAGUAAUUGGUCACAGAAUAUAAGACCACCAGCGGUACCAUAUUUUUCUCCAGAACCUAAACUGCUUCAACCAUUUUCCGAGUGGGUUCAAAAGGAUCAUCGUGUGCCUGCGCCUCAAGACACGACCAAGCAUAAUAAUCAUCGAUAUAAGCAUCAUACUCAAUCAAAACCUGAACGAACUCACAAUCAGAAAGAACCAAAGUCAGAAACAAAGAAAUGUCCAACUUUCGUACCCUUACAAGCGCAAAAGAAAAGCAGACACGUCACAGCCAAACAAGCUGUUAGCAGAGGCAGUGAAAAUCAAAGUGCCAAAGACAAUCCUAAGUCCACAGUACAACAUAAGGAAAAGGAAUUGCCAGCAAAGACGAUAACAGUAGAAGCUAUCAAUACGACUACCGAAAAGCAAAAGCCAGUACAAAGUAAUUCAAAUCAAGUACAAAAUACACAGGCCGUGAUAAAGCCUAAAAAGUCACGUGUUGCUGCGAAGUUUUGCAUAUCGACGCAAAUUGAAGAAAUCAAUCAUAGUAAAAAUCAAAGUUCAACUUAAACAAAAAAAAAAAAGAACAUUUGACAAUGAGUCGGAAAACCUUUUGACAUGUUUAUUUCUUUUUUACACAUUUCUUUUGAUAUUGUGUAGUAAAAAAUUCCACACAAGACAGAGGUGCAUGUAUGUAAAUGGAAAAAGAAACUUCAAGAAUAGUGAAGUAGCAUGCAUAUAAUACUCAAUUAUGUGACUUUUAUUUUAGAAUUUACUUUUUCUUCUUACUUUUUGUAAGUAAUUUUUAUUUCAUUUUUUCUGGCGUUCUUUUUUUGAAAUAUAUCAAGUCGAAUGUUAUAUGCGUGAAUGAUGUUGAACUAUGUAAGUUAAUCUAUAAGAUUGAUUUAAUAUAAUUAUGAAGUAACAAGGAUAAAUGAAUAUUUUAUAUGCCUUGAUGUUGUGUGGAGAACAGUAUUGAGUAUUAUAUAAGUUACAAUAUGUAGAUUACAUUAAAAAAGGAAAGUGAUUUAUUUGUAAACUUUUAAAACACACUGAUUAUUGUGAAUGAAUAAAAAAGUCGAUGUAUUAUGUAA